CAGGGGAGAUCAGCGCUGCCUUUGGAGGUGGCGAAAUGGACGCGGUUGUCUUUUCCUUUUGCAGAUCGCUCGCCGCCUUCUGCAACCACGUAGAGUCAAGCUCCCAAGCCCUGUCCGAUUCCGUUCAGAGGAAACCGAUUCCCCUUGAUUCGGCUGCUACCGCCUUCUUACAGUCACUGGAGCGCCGUAUCUCCACCACGAGCAGCGAUCUUAACCUGCUCUACUCCAUGGCGUUCGAUACUGUCUCCUUUGAGGAGUUGCUUGGUUACUGCAAUGAGGUCUACAAGGCGAACGGGAAAUACAUCUGUGAAGUUGAGGAUCGCAUGAAGAGCUUCGGAUACGAUCCUGAUACUGGGCUGGAGGAUGAAGAAUAUGACGAUUUUGGUGCCGAUGCGAGGUUUUUCAUUACCAGCAACGGCUUUGAUGGAACGAGUUCUGCUAUGAGGAAGCCCCUAGUGGAGGAUGAGCUAUUCAACGAUUCCAUUUCUUUGGAAAACCUUGGACUUUCUGAAGCUAGCCUUGCUGCUUUAGCCUCUAAAGACAACGAAUUUUCAGCAAGCAUAAACAUGACUUCGCAGGAAAUAAAAAGUUAUGAUGAUUUUCAACCUAGUCAAAAAUCAUUGUUUAAUGAAUUUACAUCAGAUUCUUUGGAUUCAACAGGUGCUGCAUACAUGAAAGCUGCAAUAAAGAUUUCAGAGGAUGAUUAUGAUAAACUUCCUGCGUUUAUGAAAAAACUAUCAUCAAGGGAGGAAUUGCAGGAAGCUGUUGACAGCUUUAAUUCUUACUUGAGUGGGAAUGAUGGGUCCAAUGAAAAUGGCAUACUCGACCAAGGUGUUCUUGAAAAGCUGGGUUUAGGAAGGAAGGGAAGGACCUAUUUGUUAAUUCUUCUGCGAAUGAACAGGUUAUCAGCAGAAACUCUUAAUGGCUCUAUCAUCUAUCAUGUUCGUAGCAAUUGCCCAUAGUUUCAGCUAAAACAUUUGGAACUGUUUGAAUUUGAUUUUUUGAACACCUUACAUUGACAUGGAUAAAAUGAGCAAUACUGUUUAUUUCUUUUAACUAGGCAGAAUUGCAUACCGAAGACUUUGUAUUGCUGAAUGGGUGGUAAAUGCAGUGCAUUUAUAUUUA